AUGAGUGUGCCGAGAACGCCGCCUCAGACUUUAACAAUGAAUAGAAGCUUAAGUGCGAGCGGUUCAACACCAAACAUAACUACUUAUUGUGAAGAAGAUUAUAUUACUAAUUUUAGCACGAGGAAAAGGAAGGGACGUAGUGAUGAGGAAGAAUACAAAAAGGAUUUUAACAGUUUUCGUUCGGAUAUAAUGGAGUUUCUACAGGACUUUGCUAAAAAACAAAACGAGAAUUUGUCUUUCAUAAAAAAUGAAAUAGGUGAAAUCAAAAGUGAGAUCAAAUCUGUAAAAUUAGUAACUGAAAAUAUAACACAACAAAUUAAUCAAAUCAGUGAUGAAAUAGAAAAUAUAAAGUCUAAAAACACAAUUACACAAACAAAAAUUGAGGACAUAGAACAUCAAAUGUCCUAUUUGAAAAAUCAGUAA